GGCACAAGCAUCGUGGUGACGUCACCGCCACUUCGUGGCGAAUGGCGGUUGUUGUUGUGUGUCCAUCCGAGCAUGUGUGACUGUGUGCGUGUGUAUGUGUGUGUAGGAGUUUAAGCUGAUGUACGGGAUGCUGUUCUCCAUCAAAUCCUUCAUCAGCAAAAUGUCUCCCACGGACAUGAAAGAUGGCUUCCUGAACUUCCAGACGAGCCGCUAUAAGCUGCACUACUACGAGACGCCCAGCGGAGUCCGCGUCGUGCUCAACACCGACCUGCAAGUGGGCUCCCUGCGUGACAUCCUGCACCAGAUCUACAGCACGUUUGUGGUGGAGCUGGUGGUGAGGAACCCUCUGGUGAGCCAGCGGGACGUGGUGAGGAGUGAACUCUUCAAGCAGAAGCUGGACAGCUUCAUCCGCGGGCUUCCCUUCUUUGCACCACGCCCAGCAUAACCAUCCAGCAGUGGACAACCCACCAGCACCACCACCACUCCCCUCCCCACCUACCCUGGAAUAAACAGCGACGAUGUGAAUCGUGACUGUGAAUCGUGAGCAACGUGGUGGCUAGGAGAUGUUAAUGCCAUCGCCUGGUAUACAGGAGGUCGUGGGUUCGAUCCCAACCCUGACUAUGCCUGCUGAUGUAUAUUUGGAUUCUGCAUUUCUCCCUUCCUCCGGUUUUAACUCUCAUUUAGACUCAAGCUCACGCGUUCAGAGCAUUUGGCUGCUGCUGUAGAUUCCCACGUGCAUGAUGAUGGUGAUAAUCCAGUUCGUUCAGCUGCUAUCGUUUGUGAUGCCCAGGUCGCUUCUGAAAAAGAGCUACACAAGCAGCUCAGUAGGGGCCUUACCUGGUCAAAUAAAAUACAGCAGUUACAUUUUA